ACGGGGGAGCUCCGACGGAGGGACGCAGAAAGACCAUCGAAGCCGGGCAGGGGUGCCGCGUUGGGAGCUCUGCGCCUUCUGGGUCUGCCUUUCCGCGGAGAGCCAGAAGAAGAAGGUGCGGCCGCCGGUGAGGCUCCCGAGGCCUCGGGUCCAUGCUUGACGGGCGCACCAGUCGGGCUGCGAAGAAAUCCACUGGCGCGGCAAUUGGCAAUGGCGUUGUUGCUGCCCCGCACUCUGGGCGAACUUCAGCUCUACCGCGUCCUCCAGAGAGCCAACCUCCUCUCCUACUAUGAAACCUUCAUUCAGCAGGGCGGUGAUGAUGUACAGCAACUGUGUGAAGCUGGUGAGGAAGAAUUCCUGGAGAUCAUGGCUCUGGUUGGCAUGGCGACCAAGCCACUCCAUGUCCGGCGCCUCCAGAAGGCUCUGCGGGAAUGGGCAACCAAUCCUGGUCUCUUCAACCAGCCGGUGCCCUGCAUACCUGUAAACAGCAUACCACUCUUCAAGAUCUCUGAGUCCGGAGGCCACAAGUCACUCACGAAUGGACACACCAGUCCAGUAGAGAUCCCUGGCAAAACCAGUGCCACUUCGCCUUCCAAAAGCCCCUCCGAGCCACAAGAGAAGCUGUCCCCCUUGCCAGCCAUGCAGUGGGGGAACCCUGAGUCUGAAGAAGAAGGAGGAGUAACCUCACCCAGCGAGCCCCCGUCAUCCACUGAACAUCUCGAUCCAGAGCUGGCCCAUGCAGUGUCCGAGGGGGUGGAUCGUCUGUUGCGCACCUGUCCGCGCAGCGGAGAUGUAGAAUUGAAGACUCUCCUGAAGCUGAAUAAGAAGUUGGCCAAAACAGUGGGGCAUAUCUUCCAGUUGGACAACGGGGACCCUCGGAAGGAAGAAGAGAUCCGGCGUCACAGUGCCAUCUAUGGGCGGGGUGAAAAUCGGCGAUGCGAGGGCAAACAGCUCACCCUUCAUGAGCUCACAAUUAAUGAGGCUGCAGCUCAGUUCUGUCUGCGAGACAAUUCACUGCUGUUGCGUCGUGUAGAAUUGUUCUCACUGUCACGUCAGGUGGCUCGGGAGAGCAGCUAUCUAUCUUCACUGAAAGGUUCUAGACUGCGUCCAGAUGAAAAUUGUGGUGGACAAGCUAAGCGCUUCAAGCAGGAGGCUGCAGAACACAGUCGCCCUGAGCUUCCUUUGGUCUGUGAACCCUUCCUUCCUCCAUACCGAUCCAGUAUAGAAGAAGACACAGCCAGCUUGUCUGGGGAAAGCUUAGAUGGACAUCCGCAAGCUACUGGGUCUUGUCCUCGGCUUACGCCACCCCCCCACACUGCUUCUGAUGCCCUGCUGAGUCUCCCUCCACAUGGGUUAUGGAGCCGUCACAUCCUACAGCAGACACUGAUGGAUGAAGGGCUUCGAUUGGCCCGGCUGGUGUCCCACGAGCGAGUGGGACGGCUUAGCCCAUGUUUGCAAGGAAAACCCCAGAUGCCUGAGUUUGGGGAAACUCUUCCUGAGCGAUGCCAGCCUCCAGCAGCACAGCCUGAGGCCAGAAGAAACAGCAUUAAGGUGGAACCAGACACCAGCCGGCAGUGAGAAAAAAGGACUGCCAUCCUCAGCCAUUAAAGCAAUAAUACUCCAGCCAGCUCUGACCGUUAGAUGGGAGGGCUGUCCUCUGUAUCACCCCCUGCCCCCCAGGGAGGCCUGUGGGACUUCCUUGCAGAAGACAAGCUGUCAUACUAGCACAACCAACUCUUCACCCUGUUCUCUUCAUGAAAUGGGGAGCAUGCUUUGGCUCACAAACCGAAGAGCAUGGACCCACGGAUGGGCAAAUGACAUAGGAAGGAAGCCUGCCAUCUUAAUUUAACUCGGCACAGAAAGGGGGGGCUACAGUUGAUAGCAUGAGCUCUCAGGUAGACCAAAUCUCCAGCCCUCUGAUGGACUAAUGGAAGGUCAUACUUACCCACGGCCUUUCCUCCCGUGCGAGAUUUGAAACCGAGAGGUACAUAGCCAUUAAAAAAAGCACAUAAAUAUCCUGUACAUAUUUUAUUGAAAGGCGUAUAAGUGAUUGGCCAUAAACAAUACAUCUUGUUCCCAAAUUGUCUCCAAUACUCCUGUACUCUCAACCACACGCAUACACAUGAAACAUGUUUGUCGCUGCCCUUCGGUCUUUGUCACAGAUGUUUCCUGUAUGCGCUGAACCUGCAUCCCCAGGAUUGUUUUAGCACACCACACCCCCGCAAACCAUUUUGCAAAUUGCCAUAGAAAGGAUAAUUCUUGAUGUGACAGAAGGAGAAAAAACUGUGGCAGAGACACCAGAGGUUACUAUGCUAUCUGUAUAACUAAGCAAAAUGUGUAAAAUUGAAUUAAAUUCAGUUUUUGUCUCCCCUCCCCUCCAUUGGAAUAUGGUCCCAGCAGUCACUUUUAAGUCCAAGGAUGGUCCUCAGAUCAGGAGAACUGGGGCAUGCUUGAAAAUAUCCUCAGGACUGUUCUUGCCUGCCGAUUUUAUAUUGUGAAUCAUCGGAUUGCUGCUCAGCUGGAUUUGGAAUGCUUGGAGGUAUUUUGUUUCCUAAUGGCUUUAGGGCGGCUAGAAGUUUACCCCAUUAAAAAUAAGAAUUGAACGGCUGCCACCUGGAUAUGAGCACCCUAGCAACAUCUGCCUCCACACUAAACUGCAUCCCAGCAGCAGUUUUAAUUUGGGUACAGGUAGUCCUUGACUUACGACCGCCACUGAACCCAAAAUUUCUGUUGCCCAGCGAGACAUUUAGUGAGCUCUGCCCCGUUUUAUGACUUUCCUUAGCACAUUUGUUAAGUGAAUCACUGGCGGUUAUGUUAGAAAAACAGCUCUUCGGUGAAUCUGCCUUCCCCAUUGACUUCACUUGUCAGAGGGUCUCAAAAAGGGAUGACAUGACCCCGGAACAUGUCAUAAGUACGGAAUAGUUUCCAAGCAUCUGAAUUUUGAUCGUGUGACCUUGGGGAAUGCUUUAGUGGUCCUGCAAAAAACGGUUGUACGUCACGUUUUUCAGUGCCGGAAUAGUCACUAAAUGAACUAUUGUAAAUUGAGGACUACCUGUAUUCUAUCAAAACCAUUAAUGCAGGGGUGUGUGAAUUAAUAUCAGAAUCCAUCCCUUUUCUACCAGAGCACUUUGAAUUUAUAAAGGAUCUGACAAAGGGCGGAGAGGGAGGCCUUGCUGAGAGUCAGGUAGAACAUCAUUCUCUCUCAGUACUACCUACUCAUUUCCUAAGGCUUCUCACUCCUAUUCUCAGAGUUAUUUAUACAGGUAACUUCAAUUUAGAACCACAAUUGUGACCAGAAUUUGUCUUGUUAAACAAGGUAGUUGAAUGAAUCGUGCCUAAUUUUACAAUAGUUUUUGUUUGUCACAGUUGUUAAGCAAACCACUGCAGUGAAGUAAAUCCAGCUUUGUUUGUUUGAAAGCACCUGGGUAGGUCACAAGUGAUGAUUAUGUAAUGCCCCCUCUCCCCCAAUGCUGCAACCAUCAAAUAAUAUGCCGGUUUCCGAAUGCCAGAAUUUGGUCAUGUGACUGGGGAUGCUUCACAGUUGUAAGUGCAAGGACUGGUUUUGUAAGUCAUUUUUUUCAGUGCCAUUUUAGCAGAAACGGUUGUGUGUUGAGGAUUACCUGUACUUUUCUUCCUUACCACUUCAAAUUCCUGUAAUUGGGAAAAGGAAUGAACAGGAAAGAGGAAACCAGUGCCAUCAUAGCGAGAAGUAGAUGGGCUGAUCUCUUUAACGACAUGCAGAAAAUGGACGAUCCUCCAUUUUGGAUCUUCCAUUUUGAAGCAAUUUCAUAGAAAGUAAAAUCAGCUAAUGAAAAAACUACAGGCUUUUGUAAGUCUGCAGGAUGAAUCUCUUACUAGUUUCAGGUUUGUGUCUGACCACCCCCCACCCACCCCCACACACACCUCGACAGUUUGGUAUUUAUAGUAAGCUGUAUUUGCUGAGAAUGAGAAUCAGAAGAGAUAUUUCUGGAGUAAUCACCUGUUGAGAGGAACAAGUUGGAUUCAGUGCCCUUAAUAAACACACAUGCGAGAGGAGCAAAUUAUAAUUCAAUUUACUGCUCUUAAGGCAGAGCUGUCAAACUCAUGGGCUGGAUGUGUCAUGCGCUGGCCACACCGGUUUAGCGAAGGGAAAUGGCAGUAUGUCAUGUGAUGACGCCGUGGCGACACGAGUUUGACACCCCUGCUCUAAGGGAACACUAACUUUACAACUACUCUUAUUUGAGGGAAUAGGGGAGAGCAUUUCCUAACAAGGCUUUCUCAAUGGUAUAGUCCUGUUUUUGCCAAAGAAAUGAAUGGGGAAUAGGGGUGAUGCUGAAAUUGAGAAAAGCUUAAAAAGAAGGAAUUAUCUGUCUUUGGGACAGGAGAAAAUCUGUUUUCCCAUCAGGGAUUGUAGGAAAAUAAUGUUCUUCCAUUCUUUUUUGCUCAUAAUUACAGCAUUACAGUAUGAGAUAAAGAUAUUAAUCUCCUUCAAAGCAGUCUGAAAGCAACAUUUUCUGGAAUAAACUGACUUGCAAAACACAAAUCGUUCAGAUAAGCCUUGGAAUUCCCAUUGAGUUAAAAUUAAUACGUAACUGCUAUUAAGUCAAAUCCCCAUCUGUUACCCUACAGCCUUUGUGUCUUUAUAGGAAAAUUAGCAUCCUUUCAUUUGUAAUGUAUACAGUAGAUUAUUUAUUUUGUUAUUUUGGAAUAAAGUCUUACUUUAUGGGUUAUUUUAUGUUGCCCCUUUUACCAGGAUCUUGGCAACUGAGAAUAGAGUCUGCAACAGGAAAGCUGGUAUAAAAGGUUGGGCUGUGCCAGCUGAUGAUAUAGGGGAAAUCUGAAUUUUACAUUAUCCUACCCGGGAAAAAUGGCACAGGUGUUACAGUCCAUAUCUCAAGAGCCCCAAAUUAACGAUCAGGAAAAAAAGAUGUAAAGAAUUUAGGCUCCAUCUAUUGUAAAGGAACUGCAAGUUGGCAAAGCUGGCCCAAAGUAUUUUGCAGCUGUUUGAGUGAAAAUUGAAUCCCUCUCCCCACCACCCCUUCCAAACAGGAUAAAAACUUGGUGAGAAGAUUGCAUUCACCACCACACCUAAGCAGUAGGUUAGUUUGGCAAAUUGGCAAGGCAAACCAUGUGACAUUCAACACCUCCCUGCCAUUGCUCUUGUUUUGGGCUGAGACGGUCGCCUCACUCUGCCUAACAAUUCUAUAUGAUAGGGAGAAAGGCUCUGUGGAAUGUUAAAUUCUGGGAGGCAACAGUGUCUUCCUCCAAAGAAGAAAUGAAAAAUAAAUACUCCAUUGGAAUAUUUCCAUUUGCCCAACUGACCCCUCUAAAUACACAAAAGAAGCAGCAGCCCAAUCAAAACCUUACCUACAUUAGUUAAACAAAGAAAUUUUUUUCUGAAGUUCCUGAUGAAAUUUUUUCUGUCUUGGCUGCUGAUUAUGAUAAAAAGUCAAUCUAACAUGCUAUAAUUGGAAAACCACCAACUCUCUCUUGUGAUCCAGAGGUAAUGCAGAUAAGCAGUAAAACACAUGGGUGCUAGUGCAUCAUGUCUGUCCCCCUUCCCCCAGACAUUAUUGCCCACCGAAAGGGAGAUGUGUGUGAAUGGGAAACCCUCUCUUGCUCCAUUGGCUGCGCUGACAAUAUAGGCGGGGCUAUAUAUCGUGGCAUGUGCCUGACUUAGCAGACAACUUGAGUGGAUCUUGGUUCAAAAGAGCUUGCAAAGAUGUAACAGGAUGAAGUAGAUACGCAGAUGGGCCCAGGAGUAGUUUUCUGUACACGGUAAGUCUUCUGGGUUAUCACAGUUGAUAUCCAGGCUUGAUAGGGAGAAGUACAUCAAAGGUCCAAUAAAGCAUCUCCAAGGUACGAGAGCGAAAGAUGACAAGCACAU